AUGUCGUCUUGGGACAUUGAUGUCUCGCUGAGACAGGGUACUCGUCGAAGAACUACGGCUAACUACACUGUAGUGAUACGUCAAGUGGUAAACAAUAAGAUGCUCGUAGCUUGUGAAGUUGGUCGGACAACUAAGAUGACUUGGAAGGAUCAGGCAAGUCGAGAUGGUGACAAAGGGAUUAGGGGUGACAAGAAGAGUUGGUCUCAGUGGUUCGGGUUAUGGUGGUUAAUUGUGGAUAGUGGUUUGGUGAUGGUGAAAGGAGGGUUGGUGAUGGUGGUUGCCAGGGAUGUUACAACAUGGUUCGUGACACAUCUGUUGUCAUUGUCACAAUCAACUACUGCUAACUAUGCCGUAAGUCGGUCUCAGUGGUUCGGGGUGGUGAUGGGUAGUGGUUCGGUGAUGGUGAAAGGAGGGUCGGUGAUGGUAGUUGUCAGGGAUGUUAUGACGCGGUUUGUGACAGUCACACAGUCCUCCAACCAUGCCUCUCCAUCUUGCCGGGUCACCCAGGACCGGACAGAUCCAUUCAUACAAAUCAUGGCUUCAUCCACGUAA